AUGUCAUCACGUGUUCAGAUAUCUAUGUCUAAUUUCUUACGUUUAACUCUUUUUCUACCAUAUUUUGCUUUUAUUACUUGUAUUAUUUUAACCGUAUUCAAAGAUAUUGAAAAAUCUACUCGAACACAUUGUAAAGUAUCUAAUUUUCUUCCAUCUAUAUCAGCGAUUACUGCUGGUUUUGAACCACAACGUUUUAUAUGGCGUGUAAGUUUUGGAUUAAAUAGUAUUAUUCGUUAUUUAAUCGGUUAUUUACAAUUACAACGUUUACUUAAUCGUCAUCAUAUUGCUUCACGAGAAUUCUAUAUAUUAAUACAAAAAAUCAAUAGUUCAAUUCAUUUUCUUGAAUUAACAUUUCUUCUUGUUUUAACAUAUGUAUCAUCGAAUGAAAUUAAAUUGAUACAUCAAUGUGGAUUUAUUGGUUUUAUGAUAUGUUCCUUAUUACAUAUGCUUUGUACAAUUUUAAUUGAUUAUUAUUGGCCACGAACAAAAACCACGUGUUUUAAUGAUAGAGAAAAAUUUAUUCGAGCAAAACGAUUAAAAUGGUUUAUUUACAAUAUUAUUUCAUUUUUUAUUUCACUUUAUUUCUUUUUUCGACAUAAUUAUUUUUGUGAACCAUAUAUUUAUUCAAUGUAUUGUUUUUUUGAAUAUUUUGUUAUAUUAACUAAUAUUAGUUAUCAUUCAGUUAUUCGAGAAGAAUGGGAUCAAGAAGAAGGACAAAUACAGUUUUUUUAUUAA